ACCUUCUCAGGCGUUUCGUAACCGAGUAAACUGAGAGCUGGGAACAGCCCUCUAUUAAGUAGCCCGUGGCGCGUAGCCUCUUCCCACUCGACUAAGGCGAACCAUCGCAGACGCGUCCGCGCGCGGGCAGCUGCGGUCUCGGGCAGUCUCCACGGGUUCCGCAGCGUCUGCCGCACCUCUCGGGAUCCUCAGCUUCUUUGCCUCCUCGGUGGCCCUGCCGCUGCCCACCUCCCGGCAGUCGCCAGGUGCUCCUCGAGCGCAGCGCCAAUUGCCUGGGCGUGCGGGGGGUCACACCGGACCCCGGCUUCCACGACGCCGGGAAGCCGCUGUCGCCGCCGCUACCUCGGUCACCACCGCCUCAGAUCCCUUCAUGUGGCUGUGAGCUUGGACGCUGAGCAUGCGAACCAGGCUUCCCCCAGCGCUCGCCGCCCUGGGCGCGGCUCUGCUCCUGUCUUCCAUUGAGGCAGAAGUUGACCCACCUUCAGACUUGAAUUUUAAGAUAAUAGAUGAAAAUACUGUUCAUAUGUCAUGGGCAAGACCAGCUGAUCCAAUUGUGGGUUACAGAAUAACAGUGGACCCUACAACAGAUGGGCCCACUAAAGAAUUUACCCUUGCAGCUAGUACCACUGAAACUUUAUUAUCAGACCUUAUACCUGAAAUAGAGUAUGUGGUGACAAUUACUUCAUAUGAUGAAGUAGAGGAAAGUGUACCAGUUAUAGGACAACUAACAAUUCAAACAGGUGGUCCAACAAAGCCAGGUGAGAAGAAACCUGGAAAACCAGAGAUACAAAAAUGCUCUGUCAGUGCCUGGACUGAUCUAGUGUUCCUUGUGGAUGGCUCUUGGAGUGUGGGAAGAAAUAAUUUUAAAUACAUUUUAGAUUUUAUUGGUGCUCUUGUGUCUGCUUUUGACAUCGGAGAAGAGAAGACAAGGGUUGGAGUUGUUCAGUACAGCUCUGAUACCAGGACUGAAUUUAACUUAAAUCAGUACUACCAAAGGGAUGAGCUUCUGGCUGCAAUUAAAAGAAUUCCAUACAAAGGUGGCAACACAAUGACAGGGGAUGCCAUUGAUUACUUAAUUAAAAAUACUUUCACGGAAUCUGCUGGAGCAAGAGUUGGCUUUCCUAAAGUGGCAAUUAUUAUUACGGAUGGCAAAUCCCAGGAUGAAGUGGAAAUUCCAGCAAGAGAGCUUCGAAAUAUUGGGGUUGAAGUUUUCUCUUUGGGCAUUAAAGCUGCAGAUGCAAAAGAACUCAAACAAAUCGCCUCCACGCCUUCAUUAAACCAUGUUUUCAAUGUGGCCAACUUUGAUGCAAUUGUGGAUAUUCAGAAUGAGAUCAUCUCCCAGGUGUGCUCCGGUGUUGACGAACAACUUGGUGAAUUGGUUAGUGGAGAAGAAGUUAUUGAACCUCCUUCAAAUUUGGUUGCCACAGAAGUUUCAUCAAAAUACAUUAAGCUAAGUUGGAGUCCAUCUCCUAGCCCAGUGACUGGCUAUAAAGUCCUUCUUACACCAAUGACGGCUGGAAGCCGACAGCAUGCUCUCAGUGUGGGUCCUCAGACCACCACGCUCAGUGUUCGUGACCUUUCAGCAGACACAGAAUACCAGAUCAGUGUUUCUGCCAUGAAGGGACUGACAUCCAGUGAACCCAUUUCAAUAAUGGAGAAGACUCAACCAAUGAAAGUUCAAGUGGAAUGCUCACGUGGUGUGGAUAUAAAAGCCGAUAUUGUGUUUUUGGUUGAUGGCUCCUAUAGUAUUGGGAUUGCAAACUUUGUUAAAGUUAGAGCCUUUCUGGAAGUUCUCGUAAAAAGUUUUGAGAUUUCACCAAAUAGGGUACAGAUAAGUCUUGUCCAGUACAGCCGGGAUCCUCAUACUGAGUUCACUUUGAAAAAAUUCACCAAAGUUGAAGAUAUAAUUGAAGCAAUAAACACCUUCCCCUACAGAGGAGGAUCUACAAACACUGGGAAAGCAAUGACUUAUGUCAGAGAGAAAAUAUUUGUCCCUAGCAAGGGUUCAAGAGGCAACGUACCAAAGGUCAUGAUUCUUAUCACUGAUGGGAAAUCUUCGGAUGCUUUCAGAGAUCCUGCUAUAAAACUAAGAAAUUCAGAUGUGGAAAUCUUUGCAGUUGGUGUCAAGGAUGCUGUUCGCUCGGAAUUGGAAGCUAUUGCCUCUCCUCCUGCUGAGACACAUGUGUUCACAGUGGAAGAUUUCGAUGCUUUUCAGAGAAUAUCUUUUGAACUCACACAGUCUAUCUGCCUUAGAAUUGAGCAAGAAUUGGCAGCUAUAAAGAAAAAAGCUUAUGUGCCUCCAAAGGAUCUUAGUUUUUCUGAGACAACUUCUCACAGUUUCAAAACUAACUGGUCUCCUGCUGGAGAAAAUGUGUUUUCGUACCACAUCACCUACAAGGAAGCUACUGGGGAUGAUGAGGUUACAGUGGUGGAGCCGGCAUCAAGCACCAGUGUCAUUCUCAGCAACCUGAAGCCAGAGACCCUAUACUUAGUCAAUGUGACUGCAGAGUAUGAGGAUGGCUUUAGUGUUCCCUUAAGUGGCGAGGAGACCACAGUGGAAGUAAAAGGAGCGCCUCGAAACCUAAAGGUGACAGAUGAAACUACAGACAGUUUUAAGAUCACCUGGACUCAAGCUCCAGGGAGAGUUUUAAGGUACCGAAUUAUGUAUAAACCAGUUGCUGGUGGAGAAAGCAAAGAAGUUACCACCCCUGCCAAUCAGAGGAGGAUAACACUUGAGAACCUGACUCCAGACACAAAAUAUGAAGUAUCUGUAAUUCCUGAAUAUUUCUCAGGACCUGGUUCUCCGUUGACUGGAAAUGCAGCCACGGAAGAAGUUAGAGGGAACCCAAGAGACUUAAGAGUGUCUGACCCCACAACAUCAACUAUGAAAUUAUCUUGGACUGGGGCACCAGGGAAAGUGAAACAGUAUCUCGUCACAUACAUCCCAGUGGCAGGGGGUGAGACUCAAGAGGUCACUGUGAGAGGACAUACGACCAGUACUGUGCUGAGAGGAUUAAACGAAGGGACGCAAUACUCCUUAUCUGUGACGGCCUUAUACUCAUCCGGGGCUGGAGAUACCCUUCAUGGAGAAGGAACAACCCUGGAAGAACGUGGUUCACCUACGGAUUUCGUUACUAAGGAUAUCACCGACACAUCAAUUGGGGCAUACUGGACAUCUGCUCCGGGAAUGGUUCGAGGUUACAGAGUCUCAUGGAAGUCGCUUUAUGAUGACAUUGAGACUGGAGAGAAAAGUCUUCCCGGAGAUGCAAUUCAUACUGUGAUAGAAAAUCUGCAGCCAGAGACCAAAUACAAGGUUUCAGUCUUUGCAGUUUAUAGCAGUGGAGAAGGAGAACCUUUAAAUGGAGAAGCCACAACUGAAUUAUCCCAAGAUUCAAAAAUCUUAAAAGUGGAUGAAGAAACGGAAAACACAAUGAGAGUUACCUGGAAACCAGCACCUGGGAAAGUCAUCAACUACCGGGUUGUGUAUCGCUCCCGUGGGGGUGGAAGACAAAUGGUUGCCAAAGUGCCACCCACAGUUACCUCAACAGUGUUAAAACGACUUCAACCCCAGACUACAUAUGACAUCACAGUUCUCCCAAUGUAUAAGACAGGAGAAGGAAAGCUUAGGCAAGGAUCAGGCACAACAGCUUCUCGAUUUAAGUCACCCAGAAACCUCAAAACAUCUGACCCAACCAUGUCGAGCUUCCGAGUGACUUGGGAGCCUGCCCCCGGGGAAGUGAAGGGUUAUAAGGUCACGUUCCACCCCACAGGGGAUGACAGAAGACUGGGGGAGUUAGUGGUUGGACCAUACGACAAUACAGUUGUUCUGGAGGAACUUAGGGCAGGUACCACCUAUAAAGUAAAUGUUUUUGGAAUGUUUGAUGGAGGAGAAAGUUCGCCACUUGUUGGACAAGAAAUGACAACCCUUUCUGACACAACUGUAAUGCCAAUUUUAUCUUCUGGGAUGGAGUGUAUUACCAGAGCGGAAGCAGAUAUUGUGUUGCUGGUGGAUGGAUCAUGGAGCAUUGGCCGGGCUAAUUUUCGAACUGUGAGGAGUUUCAUCUCUCGCAUUGUGGAAGUCUUUGAGAUUGGUCCCAAAAGAGUACAGAUUGCCCUUGCUCAAUAUAGUGGGGACCCCAGAACAGAGUGGCAGCUAAAUGCUCACAGAGAUAAGAAGAGCUUGUUGCAAGCUGUCGCAAACUUGCCAUACAAAGGAGGCAAUACUCUCACAGGCAUGGCUUUGAAUUUCAUUCAUCAACAGAGCUUCAGGACCCAAGCUGGCAUGAGGCCUCGAGCUCGAAAAAUUGGUGUUCUCAUCACCGAUGGAAAGUCACAGGAUGAUGUUGAGGCACCUUCAAAGAAACUCAAGGAUGAAGGCGUAGAGCUGUUUGCUGUUGGUAUUAAAAAUGCUGAUGAAGAUGAAUUAAAGAUGAUCGCGACAGAUCCUGAUGAUACCCACGCAUACAAUGUGGCAGAUUUUGAGUCACUCUCUAAGAUUGUAGAUGACCUCACCAUUAACUUGUGUAACAGUGUCAAAGGUCCAGGUGACUUGGAAGCACCUUCUAAUCUAGUUAUUUCUGAGCGAACCCAUCGUUCUCUUAGAGUGAGCUGGACACCUCCUUCUGACAGUGUGGAUAGGUAUAAGGUGGAAUACUACCCAGUUUCUGGAGGGAAACGUCAAGAAUUUUAUGUCAGCCGACUGGAAAGUAGCACAGUACUGAAAGAUCUGAAGCCUGAAACUGAGUACGUUGUUAAUGUGUAUUCUGUAGUGGAAGAUGAAUAUAGUGAACCUCUGAAGGGCACAGAAAAAACCUUACCAGUCCCUGUGGUCAGCAUGAAUAUUUAUGAUGUUAGCCCUACCACCAUGCAUGUGCAAUGGCAGCCAGUGGGAGGGGCUACUGGCUACACCUUGUCAUACGAACCCAUCAACGCCACAGAACCAAGAAAACCGAAAGAGAUGCGUGUGGGGCCAACAGUGAAUGAUGUGCAACUGACUGAUCUUUUUCCCAACACCGAGUAUGCAGUCACAGUCCAGGCUGCCUUGCAUGACCUCGCUAGUGAACCUGUCACUGCUCGGGAAGUCACGUUGCCUUUACCCAAACCUCGAGAUCUGAGACUCAGAGAUGUGACUCACAGCACCAUGAAUGUCUUAUGGGAACCCGCGCCUGGAAAAGUGCGUAAAUACAUCGUUCGCUACAAAACACCAGAAGAUGAUGUCAAAGAGGUAGAGGUAGACAGGUCACGGACCAGCACCCCUCUCAAAGACCUCUUCUCACAAACCCUGUAUACAGUAGGCGUGUCUGCAGUAUAUGAUGAAGGGGAGUCUCCCCCCAUGACUGCUCAAGAAACUACCCGCACGGUGCCAGCCCCAACAAACCUAAGGAUUACUGAAGUGACACCAGAGAGCUUCCGAGGGACUUGGGAUCAUGGAGCUUCAGAUGUGUCCCUUUACAGGAUAACCUGGGCGCCUUUUGGAAGCUCAGAUAGGAUGGAGACCAUCUUAAAUGGAGAUGAAAAUACUUUGGUGUUUGAAAACCUGAACCCGAACACUCUCUAUGAAGUUUCUGUUACUGCCAUUUAUCCUGAUGAGUCAGAAAGUGAUGACCUGACUGGCAGUGAGCGCACACCACGUUUGAUACCCCUAACAACACAAGCUCCAAAAAGUGGCCCACGAAACCUUCAGGUGUACAACGCAACAUCUAACAGCUUGACUGUUAAAUGGGAUCCCGCCAGUGGUCGUGUGCAGAAAUACAGAAUCACUUACCAGCCUUCAACAGGAGAAGGCAAUGAGCAAACGACCACAAUUGGGGGGCGGCAGAACAGUGUGGUCCUGCAGAAACUGAAGCCUGAUACUCCUUACACCAUUACUGUGUCCUCCCUCUAUCCUGAUGGCGAAGGAGGUCGGAUGACAGGGAGAGGCAAGACCAAACCUCUGAAUACCGUGAGGAACCUCAGAGUGUAUGACCCUUCUACCAGCACCUUGAAUAUUCGCUGGGACCAUGCAGAGGGAAACCCUCGUCAGUACAAGCUCUUCUAUGCACCAACAGCAGGUGGUCCAGAAGAACUGGUACCAAUCCCUGGGAAUACCAAUUACGCCAUUCUUAGGAAUCUGCAGCCGGAUACCCCAUACACCGUUACGGUAGUUCCUGUUUAUACUGAAGGUGAUGGAGGACGCACAUCGGAUACUGGGAGGACAUUGGUGAGAGGGCUGGCAAGGAAUGUCCAUGUGUACAAUCCGACGCCAAAUAGCCUCGAUGUCCGCUGGGACCCCGCGCCUGGGCCUGUGCAGCAGUAUCGCGUCAUAUAUUCUCCUGUGGCCGGCACGAGACCCUCAGAGUCUAUUGUGGUGCCAGGAAACACGCGCACGGUGCACCUGGAGCGGCUGAUUCCCGACACACCCUAUUCUGUGAACAUUGUAGCUCUCUACUCGGAUGGAGAGGGGAAUCCCAGCCCUGGCCAGGGCCGAACGCUACCACGAAGUGGACCAAGAAAUAUGAGAGUCUUUGGGGAGACAACCAACAGCCUCUCUGUAUCCUGGGAUCAUGCCGACGGCCCAGUUCAGCAAUACAGGAUCAUUUAUUCUCCCACUGUUGGAGAUCCCAUCGAUGAAUAUACCACAGUCCCAGGCAGAAGGAAUAAUGUGAUGCUGCAGCCGCUACAAUCUGAUACUCCGUAUAAAAUUACGGUUAUUGCGGUAUAUGAAGAUGGGGAUGGCGGCCAUCUAACAGGAAAUGGAAGAACCAUGGGACUGCUUCCACCUCAAAACAUACACAUCUCUGAUGAAUGGUACACGAGAUUCAGGGUAUCCUGGGAUCCUUCACCUUCUCCGGUUCUUGGAUAUAAAAUUGUGUAUAAGCCAGUGGGUUCCAAUGAGCCCAUGGAAGCUUUUGUUGGAGAAAUGACAUCGUACACGUUACACAAUCUCAAUCCUAGCACCACCUAUGAUGUGAAUGUUUAUGCUCAGUAUGAUUCUGGACUCAGUGUCCCCCUGAUGGAUCAAGGCACUACCUUGUAUUUAAAUGUGACAGAUCUGAAAACUUACCAGGUUGGAUGGGAUACAUUCUGUGUUAGAUGGUCUCCUCACCGGGCAGCCACCUCCUACAGGCUAAAACUAAGCCCUGCUGAUGGAACCAGAGGACAAGAAAUCACAGUGCGUGGAUCAGAAACCAGUCACUGCUUCACCGGUCUUUCACCAGACGCUGAUUAUGGCGUCACUGUUUUUGUGCAGACACCGAAUCUCGAGGGACCGGGAGUCUCUGUCAAAGAACAUACCACUGUAAAACCAACAGAAGCCCCUACGGAGCCACCCACGCCUCCUCCCCCUCCCACAAUUCCACCUGCCCGGGAUGUAUGCAAAGGGGCCAAGGCAGAUAUUGUAUUCUUGACUGAUGCUUCCUGGAGUAUCGGGGAUGAUAAUUUUAAUAAAGUUGUAAAAUUCAUCUUCAAUACUGUGGGAGCCUUUGAUGAAAUCAGUCCUGCUGGAAUUCAGGUCUCAUUCGUGCAGUACAGUGAUGAGGUCAAGUCUGAGUUCAAGCUGAACACAUACAAUGACAAGGCCCAAGCCUUGGGGGCCCUCCAGAAUAUUAGGUACAGAGGAGGCAACACAAGAACAGGCAAGGCUCUCACAUUUAUUAAGGAGAAGGUCUUGACCUGGGAGAGCGGCAUGAGGAAGAAUGUCCCCAAGGUGCUGGUUGUGGUCACAGAUGGUCGGUCACAGGAUGAGGUAAAAAAGGCAGCUUUGGUCAUCCAGCAGUCAGGGUUCAGUGUCUUCGUAGUUGGCGUGGCUGACGUUGACUACAACGAGCUUGCCAACAUCGCCAGCAAACCCAGCGAACGGCACGUAUUCAUUGUUGAUGACUUUGAAUCUUUUGAGAAGAUUGAGGACAACCUCAUUACUUUUGUCUGUGAAACUGCCACUUCAAGUUGCCCUCUCAUUUAUUUGGAUGGCUACACCUCCCCAGGUUUUAAGAUGCUUGAAGCAUACAACCUGACAGAAAAGAAUUUUGCUUCUGUACCAGGAGUCUCUCUGGAGUCAGGGUCUUUCCCCAGCUAUUCAGCUUACAAGCUUCAGAAGAACGCCUUUGUCAAUCAGCCCACAGCAGAUCUACACCCAAAUGGACUCCCUUCUUCAUACACGAUCAUAUUAUUGUUCAGACUUCUCCCAGAAACUCCCAGUGACCCUUUUGCAAUUUGGCAAAUCACAGAUAGAGACUACAAACCACAAGUUGGAGUGAUUGCAGAUCCUUCUAGCAAGACAUUAUCAUUCUUUAACAAGGAUACAAGAGGUGAGGUGCAAACUGUUACAUUUGACACAGAUGAAGUGAAGACAUUAUUUUAUGGAAGUUUUCACAAGGUUCAUAUCGUAGUGACCUCAAAAAGUGUUAAGGUUUACAUCGACUGCUAUGAAAUCAUAGAAAAAGAUAUCAAGGAAGCUGGAAAUAUCACAACCGAUGGUUAUGAAAUUCUUGGAAAACUUCUUAAAGGGGAGAGGAAAUCAGCCACAUUCCAAAUCCAGAAUUUUGAUAUUGUCUGCAGUCCGGUGUGGACCAGUAGAGACAGAUGCUGUGAUAUUCCCUCUAGGAGAGAUGAAGCAAAGUGCCCUGCUCUUCCAAAUGCUUGCACAUGUACACAGGACAGCAUUGGACCUCCAGGUCCACCCGGGCCUGCGGGAGGACCCGGUGCUAAAGGUCCCAGAGGUGAAAGAGGAAUCAGUGGGGCAGUUGGGCCCCCUGGCCCUCGUGGAGACACAGGUCCUCCAGGCCCCCAGGGUCCUCCAGGUCCCCAGGGACCCAACGGACUCUCUAUUCCGGGAGAACAAGGGCGCCAGGGGAUGAAAGGUGAUGCUGGAGAGCCAGGACUUCCAGGCCGAACAGGAACCCCAGGAUUACCUGGCCCACCAGGACCAAUGGGACCUCCAGGAGAUAGAGGCUUUACUGGAAAAGAUGGUGCAAUGGGACCCAGGGGCCCCCCCGGGCCACCGGGAAGCCCAGGCUCCCCAGGCGUCACAGGACCGAGCGGGAAACCAGGAAAACCCGGAGACCACGGCAGACCCGGUCCAUCUGGGUUGAAAGGAGAGAAAGGCGAUAGAGGAGACAUCGCUUCCCAGAACAUGAUGCGAGCAGUUGCAAGACAAGUCUGUGAACAACUGAUAAGUGGUCAGAUGAGCAGAUUCAAUCAGAUGCUGAAUCAGAUUCCAAAUGAUUAUCACUCCAGUCGCAACCAACCGGGCCCACCUGGUCCCCCAGGCCCCCCAGGCAAUGCGGGAGCCAGAGGUGAACCGGGACCUGGGGGGCGACCAGGCUUUCCUGGCACACCAGGGAUGCAGGGACCCCCGGGUGAACGAGGGUUGCCGGGAGAGAAGGGUGAAAGGGGUAUUGGGUCUCCAGGACCUCGAGGGCUGCCUGGCCCCCCAGGUCCACAGGGAGAAUCCAGAACAGGUCCACCAGGGUCCACAGGAUCAAGAGGUCCCCCUGGUCCCCCAGGUCGUCCUGGAAACUCAGGUAUCCGAGGCCCCCCAGGUCCUCCUGGAUACUGUGACUCGUCGCAGUGUGCCAGCAUUCCAUACAACGGACAAGGAUAUCCAGGUUCCGGCUAACAAAUUUUCUAAGUCGCCAGUGCUGCUUACAGUUUGAAUACAUGAAAAUCCUGUUUCUGAGAUGUUUGCGCACGUGCUUAUUAGGAAAUGAGUCUGUAUGGAAAUCUCACCACAGAUAUGGUUAAAGAACCGGGUGGACAUCAUAAAGGAGGGCGGAGACUCUUUAUACUAACUUGAAUGAGACAAAAGCAGUGGUGUUAGUUUAUAAGCUUGAUGCAUUUCAGUAAUAAUGUAGAAAAAUAUUAUUAAAAAAAGAAAAAAAGUUCAAAACCACAACCACGAGGAGCCUCAUUGUGAAAGAGGCGCAUAAUAAAACUACUAACCAGCGGAGGUUAUGCUAUUUUGAUGAAAACAAUUAACCUGGUUCAAGAGAAAUGUUUUAUGUAAAUAAUAAACUAAUUGUGGCUUGUAAA